AUGUUGAAUGCAGAACAUGACUUGAAUGCUAAGAUUGCUAGUUUGAAUAGGAAAGUUGAUGCAAUUCAGAAACCAAAUAUAGUUAAGGAAGUGUUACAUGACCAAGCAAAUUCCAUGGAUACUUAUAAAAGACCAUUUGGCUCCCCACAAUCAGAAACAUACAAUCCAAAUUGGCGAAACCAUCCUAAUUUUAGUUGGAGGAAUGGUCCUACAAUGAAUGGUGGGCAGACACAGAUAAAUCAAAAUGUUAUGAAGACUUUAGAUGAGCUGAAAACUAGCAUAGUUAGAAUUGAAUCACGUCUUAAUGUUAUGGAGAAAGGGACAUUGCCUGCCCAAACUCAACCUAACCCCAAAGGCCAAUUUGAAGUUAAAAAUUCUAACUUGGAGCAAGCUAAUGUCGUCACAACUCUUAGAAGUGGUAAGGUGAUUGAGACUCCGAUGAAGGUGAACGAACCUGAGAAGUCUCUGAAGCUUAAGAGUGGUCACAAUGAUACUCAAAAUGAACAAUCUGAAAUUGAUAAGAAAAUGCAUGCUCCAUUUCCUCGUCGUUUAUUUUCUACUAAGCAAUUGGCUGAUAGUAAGGAUAUCCUUGAUGUUUUUCAGCAGGUGAACAUCAACAUACCAUUCUUGAGUGUGAUCAAGCAAUUUCCAGCUUACGCCAAGUUCUUGAAGGAUCUCUGCACGGUCAAGAGGAAGCACAAUGUGCAGAAAAAGGCAUUUCUCACAGAACAGGUAAGUUCUAUUCUUAAACACAACACUCCUCCCAAAUAUAAAGAUCCGGGAUGCCCUACUAUUUAUUGUAUAAUAGGGGAUUUCAUGAUCAAACAAGCACUUCUGGAUUUGGGAGCUACUAUAAACCUCCUACCGUUCUCAGUUUAUGAGCAGUUGGGCUUAGGUGAAUUAAAACUCACCUCAGUCACUCUACAACUUGCAGACAGAUACGUUAAAGUACCAAGAGGGGUAGUUGAGAAUGUGUUAAUUCAAAUCGAUAAAUUUUACUAUCCGGUGGAUUUCAUUGUCUUGGAUACUCAACCUGUAGCUAAUGCUAGUAAAGAAAUACCUGUCAUCUUAGGUCGUCCUUUCCUUACUACUGCAAAUGCUUUAACUAAUUGA